AUGAGCAGGGUGCUGCUGGCCAGCAGGAUGCAGCCGGAGAGCCGGAACGUCUGUGUCUUCCUGCCCACCCGGGAGCAGCUCAGCCUGGCCGUCGGGGUCAAAGCCACUGGACAGGAGCUCUUUCAGCAAGUUUGUGAUUUACUGAAGAUUAAAGAGCCUCACUUCUUUGGCCUCAGCAUUGUUAAAAAUAAUGAAUAUGUUUUUAUAGACCUGGAGCAGAAGCUUAGUAAAUACUUUUCAAAGGAAUGGAAGAAAGAGAGUACCAAAGGAACAGAGAAAUUCAUCCCUCCUUUUGUUGCGUUCUUUAGAGUACAAUACUAUGUAGAAAAUGGAAGAAUAAUAAGCGAUAAGGUGUCACGGCAGUUCUACUACUGCCACCUCAAAGAGCAAGUACUUAUGUCUCGAUGCAACCACAAAGAAGAAAUCUACUUCUUGCUAGCUGCCUACAGCUUGCAGGCAGACUUGGGCAACUACAGGGAGAAGGUCCAUGAUGGCAAAUACUUUGAACCUCAGGCUUAUUUCCCACAAUGGAUAAUUGCAAAGUGGGGGAGCGACUACAUCUUGAAACAUGCCCCAGAGAUGCACCGGGAACAGCAAGGGCUGAGCCCUAAGGAAGCCAUGCUGAAGUUCAUUAAGGAGUCCUGCCUGCUGGAAGAUGUGCCCGUCCACUUCUACAGGCUGCAGAAGGAUAAGAAGGAGGAUCGCCCCACAGUUAUCCUGGGCCUGACCCUGAGAGGAAUGCACAUCUAUCAGGAGGUGAAUCACGUUCGCCAGCUCCUCUACGACUUUCCCUGGUCGCACAUUGGGAAGCUGGCGUUUCUGGGGAAAAAAUUUGAGAUCCAGCCAGAUGGUUUGCCCUCUGCACGGAAACUGGUUUACUACACAGGUUGCCCCUUCAGGUCACGGCACUUGCUGCAACUCCUCAGCAACAGCCACCGUCUCUUUCUGAAUAUCCAGCCAGUGUUGAAGCAAAUCCGAAAACUGGAGGAGGCUGAAGAGAAGAAGCGCUACCGGGAGUCGUAUAUCAGUGACACUCUAGACAUGGACCUGGACCCGUGCGAUAAGAACUCGCGCGGCAGCGGGAGCAGUGGGGGCAGCCGGACGGAUAACCGUCUCUCGCGCCAGUCCACAGGGAGUCACAGCAGCUCUCACACGUCGGGCAUCGAGGCUGACUCCAGGCACAGGGUGUCGGUGGAAAUGUCAGUGGAUGAGCCCUUCAGCAUUGACCGGGUGCGUAGGAAGGAGAAAUCCUGCAGCUCGACCAUCAGCUACGGCAGCUCUGGCAUUGACAGUGGCAGCAAAGGGCGAGUGGAGGACGACUCACAGGAUGAUGAGCUUGAACUGGCAGUAGAUGAGCCAGAGGAGGUGCCUGUAGAUGAGCCUUUAGAGGGAGACCAGUUAGAGGAGGCCACUGUGGGACAAUCUGUUGAAUCUCUUCCUCUAGAUGCUGCUAGCUGCCAAGCUAUAAAUCGGGAAUCGCUGUCUGUGGUGCAAGUCACGCUAAUAAAAAUGAGAGGUCAAAGUGUGGAAUCCCUUCACCAGGUCAGAUCACCCAAAAGCAGGAGCUGCACGGACCAGCACAGCCAGAGUUUGGACGACAUCCGCCUUUACAAGCACCGGCACCCACCACUAAGUGCCACGCUGUCUUCGGACACAUCCCACAGCUACACGUUCGGCUGCAGCCUGGAGGACAAGCUGUCUGUCUAUGGCUGUGUUUAUUCCACAGCGGACUGCAAAACCAAGUCUGCCCUUUAUGGGAAGCGAUCCAUGAACUGCCUCUCCUUGGACCUUCUGGGAGAGGACCAGCUCCCAGAGGAGUUUGUGGUGUAA